CACGCACACACAGUGGGACCAUCAGCAGUGAAAAUGCAGAGCUUCCCAGCUUAUAGAUAAGGGGCCAAGAGAAAGCAAGAGAUAGGGAGUGAGAGAGAGGAAAACAGAGGAAGAAAAGAGAUGCCACAGUGAAACUCAAUGAAGCAGUCCUUCAAACCAAAGCCUGCAGACAACAGAGCCACAUCGAUGUUAGGAGCAAUAAAAACCUGAAAUCUGGAAUAGGUGCACUACAAAACAGCAAACAUUGUCCCUCUACAUGUAGGAAAGGACAGAUUUACCAGAUCAACACCAAGAAACAACUCAUCUUGCUAAAACCAGGAACCUCUUAAAAAAGCUUGGAUUUUAGUGUUCUUCUUUCGAGGAUCUAGCGAGGAAAUCUAUCAAUUUCAUUCCCUAUUUGCAUGAAACUUUCUCCAUAUUGGAAAGUGAUUCCAGCUGAUUCAUGUUCCUUUACUCCUAACCAUGGCUGGUGUUAAAGGUUGCUCGACCACCUCCAUGCACUGCCUCUCUUUCCUCCUGAUCAUUUCAGCGAUUUUGUCAGGGAAUGCAAGUCCUAUCAGUUCCCCAGAGAGGCACCGAACUGCUCCUGGGUUUGACGAUGGCCGUGGAGGGGUUGUGGAUCCUUCUCUUCUAGAGCAGGACAGUGAGGUAGAUAUGCAAAAUCUGCUAGAGACCCUGCGGGGACAGUUCCUCAGGACCUUCAACCUGUCAGGACAUGGACCCCCCGUACAGCCUGGGGCACCCCGAGUACAGCCUCCGGAAUACAUGCUGGAAUUGUAUAACCGAUUUGCUAAUGACAGAACAUCCAUGCCAUCUGCAAACAUUGUACGCAGCUUCAAAAAUGAAGAGUCCACCCCAAGUGACAUGGGUCCCGAAGGUGUGAGGCGACACCCCCUCCUUUUCAACAUUUCCAUCCCAAAUCAUGAGCGGGUGAUGGCUGCAGAGCUCCGUCUCUACACCCUUGUCCAAAUUGACAGGCAGCUGUAUGCUGGCGUUGACCGGACAGUGACUGUAUAUGAGGUGGUUCAGCGGAAUGACAGCUGGAUUGAAGACGGAGAAGAGGAACAGGUGCAGCUAGUGGAAUUGGCAUCACGGCAGGUUUAUGGCAUGGACAAUGGCUGGGAGACUUUUGACAUGACUGUUGCCAUGCAAGACUGGCGCAGGUCCAACUCUGGUAACACCCACAGACUGGAGGUUCACAUUGCAAGUUUAAACUCACAGAAUGGGUCAGAGUUUGAAGGUCCUGCAACAGGUGGGGACAUGGAAAUUGAUACAAGUACAGAAGAAAGGCACAAACCUCUGAUAAUUGUUUUCUCCAAUGACCAAAGUACAGAUCACAGAGGAGAAAAACAGGAGUUAAAUGAAAUGAUCAAGCAUGAAAUGCCUGGGACAGGUCAGAACGACAACUUGGACAUGGAACUCAUGGAUCUCUGGGGGGAUCUAGGGAGUAUGAGACAAGAAGGACAUAGCAAAGAAUCGGAACCAGAUGAAGAAGCUCUCCUCCAGAUGCGCUCCAACCUCAUUUAUGACACAGCCGCCAGGAUUCGAAGGAAUGCAAAGGGCAACCAGUGCAAGAAAAGUUCCCUAUAUGUUGAUUUUAAGGACAUUGGAUGGGACUCUUGGAUCUUAGAACCUCAGGGUUAUGAGGCGUAUGAAUGCACGGGAGUCUGUACUUACCCCCUAACCAAACAUGUCACUCCAACCAAGCAUGCCAUUGUGCAGACACUGAUCAGCCUUAAAAGCCCAAAGACUGUUUCCAGAGCUUGCUGUGUCCCCACAAAACUUGACCCCAUUUCACUUCUCUAUCUGGAUGAUGCAGGUGUGGUCACCUACCAGUACAAGUUUGAAGGCAUGGUGGUGGCAGAAUGUGGUUGCAGAUAGUCCUCAAAGAAUUUGGUGGGGAAUUUGUAAGUUUUGGUAAAGGACACUGAGAAAUAAAGACAUUUCUAUGUCUUGUAGGAAAAGAGACUGUAGUUCCAGGUAAACAUGAUGAAAUCAAGACAUAAGAAGUCCCACUGUAAAGGGGCUGUUCUUAACAUCAAGAACCUUUAAGAUCUGGUGAUCUUAUCAUAUUUAACUUUUUCAAAAGUGACAGCAGAAAAGAAAUAAUUCAAAAAAGAAGAUUAGAUUUAGUGCUUUUGUAUGGAGACUGCCAACGGUUAACUUCAAGUAAAAGAUGGAAAAUCAAUACAGCAAACCACUAAAUAAACAUCCUCAAGAUGACUACAGCCACAGUCAGAAAGAUGUCGGGGUGUUGCAUUGUAUUUUGACGUUUUCUGGGUGUGACCUUAACUACUCAAACCAAAGAUACACUCCUGACCUUUUUGAUGGCAACUCCAUUUUAUGACAACAAAGUUCUUUUAAUUAACACUAGUUUUGGAGGGCCUGUGAACUCUAAGGGAAAAAACCAUGUAAGGCCACUAUGUCGAGGCUUGUGGAAACCGCCAGUAUCCAGUCUCUGUAGCAUUCUAUCUACAUCCUUCUCUGCCCUGUGUCAAUACACAGCUUCCUGCAUAACUGAAAGCAUUUGAUAAUGGCCAUCCAAGGCAAAGCAAUAUGGUUAUCUGGGAAGUCUUUGAGGAACGGAAAUGUGUGAAACUAACCAGAAUGAUCUAGCGUGAGAUGUUCUACCGGUCAAAGAGAAAAAAAUGAGCGGUAUUCCUGUUUUUGUUUUGCAUGGACACCCUCUGGACAUUUUGGACAUGCAAAAUGGAUGGACCUUGUCCAGGUAUCAGACAGCAAUCGCUAUUUAGAUGCCUAAGCUAAGUUCCAAGGACAAUCUUCUGUUUAAUGCGCACAUGGUCAGACAGAUUUAUGUAUUUUAAAAUUCUAUUUAUGUUCUGCUUCUUUUAAUUGUUUGCAUCCUAUACCUUACCUCAACACUAUGUAGUUUGCAAAGCAACUUUGGAUCUGCAACUGUUCUAUCAGGUCUAAGAAAGGAGCAGAAAAACAGAUGGGGAAGUUGAAGGCUUUUUCCAAUGUCCGAGGCACAGAAGACUGCAUCAUAUGAGUUCUGGUGGUUGUGAGGUAGAAGGGUAGAGGUUAUGGGGUUAUCUACACUAUGUUGCCUUGCAUGCCUUGAGAGCUAAGCUCCCAGGCUUUGAGCAGUCCAUGAUAAGAAGGUGUUGCGGUUGAAAAACAUGCAAGGAUCCAUUUCAAACUACAUCUGUCAAGAAUCCACCAGGCUGUUAUUUCAACUCCCUCACCCGUGAAGGAAUUAUUGUCUGUGGACACUGGUUCACAUUCCAUUCUUGCUAUUAUAGAAAAACAAUUCUUAACUGAACGGUGAGGUGGCGAACUCCAAGGGUAUGGCUGUGGUACUUUUAAUAUGUACCUGUCACUUGGCAAAAUCGAAUAACUUAAAAUGUAUUACGGUUACUAAAUACAGUAUACCUUUAAAACACAAUACCUUUAGUACUUCCAUUUAUUUAAGGGAUCUGUAUAUACAGGUAUAUAUACCUUAAGUACCAUCGCUGUACCUUAAAUUAGAUCUAAAUAUAUUCUACAUUUAGAAAUUUAGCCUUGGGGUCCCAAUGCAUUGACAAGCCAUGGUACAGUUUGGUACCUUUCUCUAACUGUACACUGCCCCAUCAAAUUCCUUCACAAAAAAAGCCUUGAUACGGUAUAUGAAAGAAAACCUUUAAAGAAACCAGUGCACCUACACAUGUAUAGCUAACAUCUAUUUAACAUCGUAUGCUAACCAGCAACACCAGUUCCACUCACUGCUAUUCAAUUAUUUCGAAGUGUUGAAUUAAUCAGGACAUAAGUGUUGCUUAUUGUCCACUCUGUUAAAAGAUUUCACUCAAUUUUGCAUCUCUUUAACACCACCGUGAUAAAAGCAGACUUUCCAUUGACUUCUAUUGAGCUACAAAGACGGCUGACCAUCGAUUGCGCAAAAAACGGUUUCUGCUAACUUUACCAUCACUGAGCUCCUGAAAUAUGGUCUUCCAUACUGCUGCUUUAUGUAAAAAAGCCUAUUUAUUGAAAAUUAAUUUAUUAAUUUUUAUUGUGUCAUUUAUGUAAGUAUGUAUAGCAAUAUAUGUAAAUAAAAAACAUUCUAUAUGUACAAAA